AUGGGGGAGAAGACCCUGGCAAGCAGGGCUGCAGAAAUUUCGCAAUGCCUCAAAGAGGAGACCAAUGCGGGGCGCAAGGAUGCCUUCAGGUAUGAGUGCAUGAAGACUUGGGCAAAGGGCACCGACUGGAGUGUCCAGGCCCAUCGUCGCUUCUCCUUUAUGGACAUGGUUCCUAUGUGCAGAGUGGCCUGCGCGAGGAUGCUGGGCGUGUCUGCGGGCAAGAUCACCACAUGGUGUGGCUGGCUCAGUCAGGGCCACGUUCUUCCGCCCCAGGAUAUGCGCUCGGCAAAGCAAUGCCGCGACGAUCAUGCAUCUGUCACCAGUGCGCAUGCUCUGUGGACUUGGGUUUACGAGUACAUCGCGGAGCCUCUUGCUGAGUCCCGGAUGACUGUGAGGGACUUCGACGUUGGGAUGAAAGUGCAGAAGGUACCUGGCCCAUGGCAUGUCGCUGACGGAGCUUUGGAAGGUGGCUUCAGACUUCGUUCCGCUUGCGAAGCCAUCGUACAUGACAUGGGUGAGAUGUACCACGCAGAGUUCAAAGACAUCAUCAAGUGGAGAGGACAGACUCAACACAGUCAAUGCAAUGAUUGCGCGCGGUUCAAAGCCUUCAGACGCUGCGCGUCCUCGGAGAAGGAUGUCAGGGCCGUGACGGAUGCGUACUUGACCCACCUCCGGCGCAUGGUUUGCGACAGGCGCGCAGACACACUUCUGCGACACCAGGCCCGGCUUUCCGUGACAAAGGAUGAUAUUACGAAUGGCGUGUUGAGCGUCACGAUCGAUGGGAUGAACACAUGA